AUGGCCACAGUGAACUCAUUUUACAGUGAUAUCCAGACAAACUACGGUUGCUAUGGCUACUCUCAGCCGUGCCAGGAACAGUACAGCCAAGUGAGCAAUUUUCAGUACGCAGAAAAUGCCGGACUCCAGCCCCAACCGGCAAGUGGUGUGCCGUCUCCGCAGCAGCAUCUGCCGCAACUGGAAAAACCAGUCGCUCCGGGGUACGGCUCCGGUCAGUACCAGUGCAAUGGCAGCGAGCAGUACGCUGCCAAUCAGUACUACUCUUCGGGGCAACCGUCUCACUACGCGGCUCAUCACCCGGCUCAUCUGGACUCGUACUACAACUAUCAGUACUACCCGAUCGCGCCUUCGCAUGCGCCGCUGAACGUGGCGAUAGAGCAGCCAGCCAGUACCGGCCAGUACACGCAGUACACGCAGCUCUCGGCAAUGGAUGAUCCCGUGCGGCAGGCGCUCUACGCGAAGAAAACCGAUCCAGAACCGUUGAGCAAGCCGACCGGAAACGCGCUGAAGAGAAAAAGUUCCGCUGACCACGACGAAGCCUCGUCGGUGGCGUCCCCUGAACAGGACUCGCCGGCCCUGCGCGCGCUGCUCACGAAUCCGGCCAAAAAGCUGAAAUACAACCCGCACUACGCCCGAACCGGCACGCUGACCGGAUGUGGCACCGCUAGCUUGUCGCCGGCCGCGAGCGAUCGCCUCGUGCCGGACAUCGUGCCAAUGUCUCCGAACAAAACGGACGACAGCAUCGACAGUCUGUUGGACAGCGCCGCGAAGCAUGACUACGAAUCGCUCGAAGGGCCCAAGUACGGCCUCCUGGGUCAGCACCCCGGAACUCCCGGAUACGAUGGCGUUAGCACUCCGCCUCUCUCGCCGAAGGGCCUGGAAAGUGCGAUGCCAUCGGAAGCGAUGAAUGUGGCGAAAUGGGUGCAGCAUGGCGAUGCCGAAGAAAACGCAAAAGAAACGGCGAAGCGAACGCGCCAAUCGUACUCCCGGCACCAGACGCUGGAGCUGGAGAAAGAGUUUCACUUCAAUCGCUACCUCACGCGACGGCGCCGAAUCGAGAUUGCCCAUACGCUCCAUCUGACCGAGCGUCAGAUUAAGAUCUGGUUCCAGAACCGACGCAUGAAGGCCAAAAAAGAUUACCAGUCGACCUCUACGACGCCCGAGCUGGCCGCGUUCGAAGGAGACCUGUCACAGUCUGGCCUGAAGAUGCCUGCGAUGGCUGCGUCGCAAAUACCGGUUUCCUACGGUGGAGUCCAGCAGCAAGAGGCCCAGCACCUAGACCUUCACCACCACCACCACUACCAGCAGCAGUCCCAGGGACCGGUCAACAAUACUUCCAACGGUCAGUGGCCGUAUCAGCAGGAGUACUAUCAGCCACCAGCGCAGCCGCAGCCGCAGCAUCCACACUUUGGUCAGCACAGUAUUCCGCGUGCCCCGUUUCCCUACGAACGAGUGCAGUACCCACUGUCGUCUGGCAUCACACCCACGUUUGCGUGA